AUGGCAUUGCAUCGCCCGAACAAUCGACCUCUCGACCUCUCCACGUCCUUGCAGCUCCUUCCGCCGACUCCGCUGAAAGUGGACGACGAGAUGCUGACCGUCGAAGUGGCGCGUGCGCACAUGGGGCCGCUCGUGCACCCGCCGCUCGACCUCGACAGUGGGUUUCCCUCGACAGCAAAAUCCACGACGCCUCUGUGGACCCGCCUCCGCUCGGGCUUUGAUAACAUGCUAACCGACGGGUGGAGCUGCCCGGCGCCUUUGACGACCGUCGAUGAAGACACCAUGUACUGCGACUUGGACGACAUGCCCCUCGAUGUGACGAUGGAGCUCGAGACGACGUCUGUACCGGAGGCACCGGCGGCCAAGGCACCAAAGCGACGAAAGAAGACCGCCGAGACGACGACGACGCCGCGCCGCGUGACUCGCAGCCAGACAAAGCUCAAGCUGGAGCGCAAGGGCAUUUUCGAAGCCAACAUGCUCGAGCACCGCCGCACUUCGGCCGACCCGCCGCGCCAAUGGCAACGGUGGCAGUCGUGCGGCCAUCUCCACAGCACGGGCAGCGCGUGCUGUGAUCACCACCAACCGUAGCGGGCUUGUCGUGAACUAAUCUUAUGUAACUCGAAGGAAAUGUACUCUAUCUCUAUUGAACACUCU